UGUCUCAACGGUAGAUGCAGCUUCGACUUCAGGGUGCAAAGUUACGCUGCGAGUCCGCGGACAGACGCUGUGUAAUUUAGCCUCUAUAAAAUUACUCAAUAUUUUCGUCAACACGGCUGUGACCUCCGCCGCUAAAAGAGAGGGGGAAACACCGACGUGUCUGUGAGGGAGCUGCUCGCUUCGGCGUUUUUGGACCGAAGGUUCAUGUGUGGUUUUUUUUCCUCGGAUUUCGGCAGUUUCACGGACGCUGGUGGGAACCAUGGAUAAGACACGUGACUGGUUGUGGAGUGUGGUGGGCCUGGAUCCUGCUCUGCGACAACAGAGAUUAGCAGCUGUAGAAGAGUGAGAAGUUGCACCUGAAACUGCACCUGAAUAUCUUCCCAGACUCCACCUUCCAGUGCUUCAUUACACCUCGUUCAGCAUUACUUCACAGCUUUGUUUCUUGCACUCAUUGUGAGCUGCCUGACUGAUUUGUUUAACUGACCUUUGCUAAAAAAAAAUUAGAGCGUGGCUACGUUCACAUCUGAUUCCAGUCUCCUCAGCUGCCCCUAAAUAUUAUUUUAUGUCCCACUGACUCCCACACACGCACCCAACAACCAUGAGGAGCACGAGAUCGAACCUGCUGCUGGGCUGUGUGCUCCUCUGCUCUGCAUCUCUGCUCUACCUUGGCAUGAGUGGGAUAGACUGCCCUCCAAAAAGCCAUCGCUACCGGUGGAUGGAGCUCAACCUGGGCUCGGGCAAUCAGAGCCUAUCCCUGACCGAACACUUCCCUGAAGACACGCCAAUCAUCUUCAUCGGGGGCUUUCCCAGGAGUGGUACCACACUAAUGCGCGUUAUGCUCGAUGCCCACAAUGCCGUGCGUUGUGGGGAAGAGACCCGCGUGAUUCCCCGCCUUUUGGCUAUGAGAGCGACCUGGAGCCGCUCGGUUAAGGAGAGAAUACGAUUGGAUGAGGCUGGCGUCACCGACCAGGUGUUGGACUCAGCUGUGCGAGCAUUCCUGUUAGAGGUGAUUGUCGGCCACGGAGAGCCUGCACCUCGCCUUUGCAACAAGGACCCGUUUGCAUUGAAGUCUCUGUCUUAUUUGUCACGCCUCUUCCCUAAAGCCAAAUUUGUGCUCAUGCUACGAGAUGGACGAGCAACCGUCCACUCCAUGAUAUCACGCAAGGUGACCAUUUCUGGCUUUGACCUGACCAGCUACAGGGACUGUCUGACCAAGUGGAGCAGUGCCGUGGAGACCAUGUUCAGCCAGUGCCAGGCAGCUGGGGAAGGCAGAUGUCUGCCCGUCCGCUACGAGCAGCUCGUUCUCCACCCAGAGGAGGAAAUGAGGAAGUUGCUUCACUUCCUAGAGCUGCAAUGGGACUCGUCAGUGUUGCACCAUGAAGAACUGAUUGGAAAGGCUGGUGGCGUGUCUCUAUCCAAGGUUGAACGUUCGACGGACCAGGUGAUGAAGCCAGUGAACACAGAGGCCCUCUCCAAGUGGGUGGGGCACAUUCCCUCUGAUGUGAUCAGCGACAUGGCUGAAAUCGCACCGAUGCUGGCUCGCCUGGGCUACGACCCCCACGCCAACCCCCCCGACUACACAAAACCAGACCCCAUGGUGUCUCCAUUCAACUAUUCACAGAGUUCGAAAGCAGCAGAAACUCCUCACCCCAGUUAAACUUGGCCGUGCAGAUCCUCGAUAUGGAUGCACCUUAAACACGGACUUCGGGUUCAGCAGUACUUGCACCUCACGGGGAAUUUUUUUAGUGUUACAUGUGUAUUUUUGAAUUGUUCGUAAGACUUGUGUGCGGUGUUCAUGUCUGUACACUGGUGGGGUGUUUAAAAAAAACAAAAAAAAAAACAAGGACUCAUCAAGUGGUUUGGGGUUUAAAUCUCAGCUCUUGCGUGAGGAGUGGACUGCCUGCUCAGGGAAGUUCACAGCUUCUCACGCUCCAUUUCCUCAACGGUGGACCGACCGUGAUACACUGCAUUUUGACACAUCUCUCACCUCCUACCUGAAAGUAUUUCAACAUGUCUGUAAGCUGGUAUGACUUCACCACAAUGUGAAUGUGUCUUCAGACAAAAUCCUUCACUUACUGAGAGUUCAGUCAGUGUUCAUGAAGCAUAAUGACUGUAUAUUUUUGAAGACGUAUGUUUAUUUUCUUAAUAAAUUAUUUUGGUGUUGACCAUUCAUUCAGGAAUUUGGAAGCUGAAAGGAUUUCUAAUUGUUGUAUAUUGUUGAACGUUAAUAAAUAGAGCCUAAAUGUCACCUUA